AUGUCUUAUUUGAAUAACCCAGCUGUUGUCAUGGACAAUGGUACCGGUUUGACGAAACUUGGGUUUGCAGGUAACGAUUCUCCAUCGUGGGUGUUUCCUACAGCGAUUGCAACAGCACAAUCUGGUAAGAGCCAAAGUUCUAGUAACAAGUCUACAGGGUUUGGAUCAUCUUCUGCCAAUGCUCAGAGCUCUUAUUUGUCUGGAGGUGGGAAUUCGACAAGUGCAACUGAUUUCAACAGUUUAGCCAGCUCGACUUUGAUAUCGAAUAACCUUGCUGGAAAGAGAGGUACCGAGGACUUGGACUUUUAUAUUGGUAACGAGGCGCUAGUAGCAUCUCAGGGUCCAUCGUACUCGUUGAGUUAUCCUAUCAGACACGGUCAAGUGGAAAACUGGGAUCAUAUGGAAAGGUUUUGGGAAAAUUCCAUCUUUAAAUAUUUGAGAACAGAACCAGAGGAUCACUUCUUCUUGCUUACCGAACCACCUUUGAAUCCACCAGAAAAUAGACAACAAGUUGCGGAAAUUUUCUUUGAAAGUUUUAAUUGUGCAGGGUUGUACAUCGCAGUGCAAGCUGUGUUGGCCUUGGCUGCUUCUUGGACUUCUUCCAAGGUUACAGAUAGAUCUUUGACAGGUACCGUUAUCGAUUCUGGUGAUGGUGUAACGCACGUUAUUCCAGUCGCUGAAGGUUAUGUGAUUGGAUCUGCCAUCAAGAACAUUCCAAUCGCUGGUAGAGAUAUAACAUUGUUCAUCCAAUCGCUUUUACGUGAGCGUGGUGAACAGGACGCAUCGCUAAGAACAGCAGAACGUAUCAAACAAGAGUACUGUUAUGUUUGUCCCGAUAUCGUGAAGGAGUUUAACAAGUUCGAUAGAGAUUCUGAGAAAUUUGCUCAAUUCAUAGUCGAAAACAAAGAAAGAACUACAAAGAAAGUGGUUGAUGUAGGUUAUGAAAGGUUCUUGGCCCCAGAAAUUUUCUUCAACCCAGAAAUCGCAUCGUCAGACUUUUUGACACCUUUACCUGUAGUCGUGGAUGAAACUAUUCAAGCAUGUCCAAUUGAUGUUCGUAAAGGUUUAUACAACAAUAUCGUACUAUCUGGUGGGUCUACUAUGUUCAAGGAUUUUGGUAGAAGACUACAAAGAGAUUUGAAAGGUAUUGUAAACGAUAGAAUUUCACAAUCGGAAAAGCUAAGUGGUACAAGAUCCACUGGUGUUGACGUAUCUGUCAUUUCACACAAGAGACAAAGAAAUGCCGUUUGGUUUGGUGGUUCGCUAUUGGCUCAAACUGGGGAAUUCAAGAGUUAUUGCCAUACAAAACAAGACUACGAAGAAUACGGUCCAGAUAUCGUAAGAAACUUCAGUUUGUUCAACAUGAUCUAA